AUGGCAAAGCUGAUUUUGAAGAGCGAGAAAAUGGAAGAAGGGAAGCUUGGAAGAGAGAGAAAGUGUAAGCCAAGAUACACAAAUGAAAUGUAUUUUGUACUUGUCAAACUAAGAAAAUGUCACGUAAAUGAGUCUAAGGAUGAAAAGAUGGCUCUAAAUUUGUUAUCUCUUGUUGUUAUCCUUAAAAAUUCCUUUUCUUUACCCUUAGCACAACGACCCCUUUGCCAUGACUCCGAGAAGUUAGCAUUGCUGCAUUUCAAGCAGAGUUUCCUCCUAGACUGUCUUUCUGAUGAACAUUCUAUUCCUUCUUAUCCUAAGGUGACAUUAUGGGGAUCUUAUGAUGCUGAUGAAACUGGAGAUUGUUGUACGUGGGAUGGUGUUGAGUGUGAUCAGGAGACGGGUCAUGUCACUGAGCUUGAUCUGAGUAGGAGCUGCCUUUUUGGCUCCUUCCCUCCUAAUAGCACACUCUUCAGCCUUACUCAGCUUAAGAAGCUUAAUCUAGCUUAUAAUGACUUCAACUUCUCUCAAAUUCCAACUUCAAUUGGUCGGCUGGAUCAGUUGAGACACCUUAAUCUCUCUCAAUCAGCAUUCAGUGGCCAAGUUUCAAAUUUGUCCAGGCUUACUCACCUUGAUCUUUCUCAUAAUGGUGACAGGUUAGGUAGUACUCAGCUUAAUCUUAAGCUUUAUAAUCCUAAUCUGCAUAAGCUGGUUCAGAAUUUAACAAGAUUAAACCAACUAUUUCUUGAUUGGGUUGACGUAUCCUCUACUUUUCCAAUUUCCUUGACUAAUCUAACUUCUUUAAAAGCCGUUUCUCUUAUGUUCUGCAAUUUAUAUGGUGAACUUCCAGCUAGUUUUUUUCAUCUGCCAAAUCUUGAAGUACUUGUUCUGAGUUCUAACAGGAAAAUAACUGGACAUCUUCCUGAGUUUCGAUCAAGCACCCACCCUCUUAAAAUUCUGGACCUUUCUGCCACUGCUUUAUCUGGAGAGUUGCCGUCUUCCAUUAGAAAUUUUGGUUCCUUAGAGAGACUGAGGUCAUUUCUCUGGAAAAAUUCCAUCUUCACUUGGAUUCUUUCUCUUAGUGGGAACAACAUCAGGGGUACUAUACCACAGUGGUUUAUGAACGUAUCUCAACAAAUUCUCUUGCAACUUGACCUGUCUAAAAACUUCUUGACAAGUUUUGAACAGUCUUUGCUGGUUCUUCCAUGGAGCAGUUUGAAGUUCCUAGAUCUCUCAAGUAACAGGUUGAAAGGGCUAUUACCUUGUCCAUCAACUUUCACACAGAUUGAUCUAGUUUCAGAUAAUCAGUUCACUGGUGUAAUUCCCCAACGAUUAUGCUCUAUCACUUCUCUUACUUUCCUUGAUUUAUCUGACAACAAACUGAGUGGUCAAAUCCCUCCUUGUUUAGCUAAGCUCUUUGGUAGCUCACUAUUAGCUCUGAAUAUGAAAGGCAAUAAUUUAAGGGGUGCUAUUUCUCCAAGAUUUACUAGCUCAUGCAAAUUGCAGAUGAUUAACUUAAGUGAAAAUCAAUUGGAGGGUAAGCUCCCAAAGUCAUUGACCAACUGUAAGAUGCUCGAGGUACUUGAUGUAGGCAUAAAUCGUUUGAAUGAUACUUUUCCGUAUUGGCUAAGAAGGAAUUCCAAGUUGCAAGUACUUGUAGUGAGGCUUAAUUAUUUUCAUGGCCAAAUACUAAGUCCGACAUCAAGCCAUGAUUUUCCGAGAUUGCAUGUUCUGGACUUGUCUUACAAUCAUCACACUGGUACUUUACCAUUUGAUUAUCUUCAAAGUUGGGUAGUGCAGAGAAAUUCAGAUGAAGACCAAUGGGAUUCAUCCAGCGUCAUAAUAACUUCAUAUACUUCUGUGGUUGAUAUCAUUUAUUUUAAGAACCAGAUAUACAAUUACUCCAUCACCAUUAUGAACAAAGGCACAUCACUUGCCAACAUAAGGGCCAUUGAGUCCUUGGACCUUUCACAGAACAAGCUUUCAGGGAAAAUACCUCAAGAACUAAAUGAAUUAACAUCUCUUGAGGUCUUUGAUGUAUCUUAUAAUCACCUUACUGGUCCAAUACCUCAAGGGAAACAGUUCAAUACUUUCGAAAGGAGCUCUUAUGAAGGAAACUUGGGAUUAUGUGGAAGUCCAUUGUCCAAAAAGUGUGGAAACUCGAACGCAGUGUCUUCUCUGGUGCCUGAGAUGGAUCAUACAAGUGAAGAUCAGGAGACACCUUGGGUUUGUUAUUGGACAAUACUGCAUCACAGACAGGUAUCAUCAGUGGUUCAUGCAGACUUUCGGAAGAAUGAGAUGGAGAGCCCCAUUAAACAGGAGGGUACAGCAUACAUGUUCAGUAUCAUAUCUCUAGAGAAGUAUACAGCUAUAUGCGUGGAUAGUAGCCUUUUGCGGCUCUAA